AUGGCACAGGGAGGUAAUCCAUGGCGGCCUGUGUCCAAGAUAAGCAGUGAAGAUGGCAGCGAGUCGUUCUUCAAGACAGCGAUGCGCAUCGAACUCGAAACUGCAGAGGACACCAUGAAAAGGGUAUCCACAGAUACUCCAGCCAUAAGAGUUGGAAUACCGGAAGAAGCAACAGAAAAUGACGACUUCAAAAUGCCAGUAGUGUCAACAAAAUCUUAUCACUUAACCAAGGGAAUCCCUUUAUUUCAAGUCAGAAGUCCUUCGCCUAGGGCAGUUUCUCCAGAUCGACUCACGUCGCCAUUCUUUCAAAGAACGAGGAUGAAUAGAGAACUCGAGAAUCCGGAUCCUGUUUUAGACCUUAAUAAAGCUUUAACCAUGAAUCGAAUAGCCAAGACCCUGGUAUCAAACCAGAAAACAAGGUUACAAAGAUUAGAGGAAACCGGAAAUGUUACAAUAAAUUCACCUCUCAAGCAAUUUAACCCAAAUCUCGUCAAAUCUCACCUGUACAAGAUACUGAAAGACAACCUUAAAGACAUUAGAUAUGAUCCGAAGUUAUGUCUUCCAUUGUCAAAGUCACUCAGCGAGAAAACUCGAGAUGCAGUCAAGGCGUUGAAAUUUCCUAGAUACAAAUUUGUUUCAGUAGUUACCAUUGGACAGUUACAAAGUUCUACUAUAUCAAUAUGCAGCAGGUCUUUAUGGAAUUGCACAACUGAUAAUUAUGCCUGUGCUGAAUACAGAAAUGGGACGAUCUAUGCAGUUGCUAUGAUCUACGCAACUUUUCUAGACUGA